AACAUAAUGCAUGCAAUGUUGAGGAGAUCGUGUCUGUGUUUUGACGCGUGUUUAUUCCUCUGUGUUUCUCAGGUGACUGAUAAGUCGGUGCAGGCGUUUGCAGAGAACUGUCCGGAACUGCAGUUUGUGGGCUUCAUGGGCUGCUCUGUGACGUCUCAGGGCGUCAUUCACCUCACCCGGCUGCAGCACCUGAGCAGUCUGGACCUGCGGCACAUCUCUGAGCUCAACAACGAGACGGUGAUGGAGGUGGUGAGAAAGUGCAGGAACCUGACCUCCCUCAACCUCUGCCUCAACUGGACCAUCAACGACAGGUGUGUGGAGAUCAUCGCUAAAGAGGGGCGGAGCCUGAAGGAGCUCUAUCUGGUGUCCUGCAAGAUCACCGAUCACGCUCUGAUCUCCAUCGGUCAGUACAGCAGCACCAUUGAGACGGUGGAUGCCGGCUGGUGUAAGGAGAUCACUGAUCAGGGAGCCACUCAGAUCGCCAGGAGCAGCAAGUCUCUGCGGUACCUGGGUCUGAUGCGCUGUGACAAGGUGAACGAGGAGACGGUGGAGAGACUGGUGCUGCAGUAUCCACACAUUGUGUUCAGUACAGUGAUGCAGGACUGUAAGCGGACGCUGGAACGAGCCUAUCAGAUGGGCUGGAGCCCCAACACAUCCACGGCCUCCUAACACACACACACACACACACACAGCACCGCAGAGUCAUUAUCAUCACGAUGCCCUUUAUUCCGCCUUCCAACGAUUAUGCAGCAGAAACAUCGAUAUCAUUUGAUUUGAACACAAAUAUGUUGAUGCACACUUGAGAUGCAGCGCUGCAUUUAUUUGCAUCUGCAACCUACUGAGUCACACUAAACCCAUCAGGAGCUUGCUCUAAAAACCGGAGAAAGAAAUAAGACAUUUUGCAUUUUGAAUGAGGAGAAAAAGUUUUUUCGGACCACAGGAUUUUUGCAUGGGGACAUUUCCCUGCAGCUCUCAUUAUCGUGAAUCAUCUGGACAUGUGUCUUUUCUGAUUUGUUUGUGAUUCUCAUUAUCAUCAGAGGGGAUUUUCAUUGCAUUCUCGUUAUUGAAACACGCUCAUUUUACUACAGUGCAAGGGAAGGUUCGGCAAAUAAAAACUAAAUACAGUACGCAUGAUGUGGAAAUGUUUCAGAUUACGUCGAUUUAUUACUAGAGUUUUUUACUCCGUAUUUUUGUCUUGCUUCACAGUUCUUAAGAGAAAUUACUUUAAAAAAUUCAAAAAAAAAAAAUUAAUGCAUAGUUUAAAACAAGAAAAUAUAUCUACCACUAAAAAAAUAAAUAAAUAAAAAAACGUUAAAAUAAUAAUAAUAAAAAAUAAAGGCGUUUUUUUUUUCCAGACCCCACUGGCAGUUUUUUUUUAUUUUUCGUUUUAAGCAUAAAGUCGCUUAAUUUUUACAUUUUUUAGUUUUUUUCAAACAGUGUACUUGAUCUUUUUUGGUAAUUAUAUCUUGAUUUAGUAAUGUUCAAAUAUUUGAAGAAAAAAAGAAACAAGAAUAGCAAGACGUAUUGCAUUGCAAGAAUGAAACGUUUAGGAUAAAUGUGCAUUUAAUUAAUAGUAACAAUAAUGUUGCAAUGAAAAAAAACGUGCAAAAUAAUGUCUUCUUUCUUUCUAGUUAGUGUGUGUGACUGUGACUCCUGUCAUGUGUGUUCCUGACCGGUUUGGUGCGGUUCUCCUCUUCAGACUGGAGUUCCUCUCUCAUGAGGAGUUUGACGGCGUGAUGUUGAAGCUCUGAUCUAGAUGUAGACGUUUCUCUUGUGAAUCUGUAAUCUUGUGGUCUGGAGUCUGUAAACUGAUAUACAGUACGAGGUGGUUUGGUUUUUCCAGGUAUAUCCAGUAUAUGGAUUGUUUUGCAUAACCUAUGAAUAUUUAAGGAUGUAGUGUCCUGCAGUGUGUGUGAGAUUCGGUGGAGAGGUUAGUUAGCUGGUUAGUUCACUCAUCUAGCCGUCCUAGAGUAUUUUUAUACUGUCUUAGGAGGAAGAGUUUAGUUACAGUCUUGAUCUUUUACUGUACUCUGGGGAUUUGAGUCAAUUAAAAACUAUUCUAUUUCACCGGC